AUGGGACGAAAUUCCGUUGACAACAAUGCCGACGCUACGCUGGCAAAGCUCGGCUACAAGGCUGAGCUUCCACGGAACCUUAGCAUGCUGAGUGUGAUGGGACUGUCGAUGGCUAUCAUUGCGACGCCAUUCGGUCUCUCUGCGACAUUAUCCCUUGCCCUGAUCGACGGGCAAUGCGUCACUGUUCUUUGGGGCUGGGUCAUCGUGACGCUCAUAUCGAUUGCGAUUGCGGCAUCCCUCGCAGAAGUGUGUGCUGUGUAUCCAACGUCAGGCGGCGUGUACUACUGGUCAGCCAUUCUGUCAACUGAAGAAUGGGCCCCCAUGGUCUCCUUCGUCGAUGGCUGGCUCACACUGGUCGGCAAUUGGACGGUCACACUGUCCAUCAAUUUCUCGGGUGCACAAAUGAUUCUCAGCGCCAUCACGCUCUGGAACGAAGACUAUAUUCCAACGGCCUGGCAGACCAUCCUCAUAUUCUGGGCAGUCAUGCUGAUACACGCCCUCAUCAACAUCUUCAUGUCCAAGUAUCUCGACUUCAUCAACAAGCUGGCCAUGUAUUGGAUUGCCGGCGCUGUCAUUAUCAUCUUGAUCGUGACCCUGUCCAUGGCCGACCACAAGAACAGCGGCGCAUACGUGUUCGGGCACUAUGAUGCUUCGGCCAGUGGAUGGUCAACUGGCUGGGCGUUCUUCGUCGGUCUUCUACAAGCAGCAUACACACUGACCGGAUACGGAAUGGUCGCCGCCAUGUGCGAAGAAGUCCAGAACCCGCACCUCGAAGUUCCGAGGGCGAUCGUGCUCUCGGUCGUCGGUGCAGGCAUCACCGGUGUUGUGUACUUGUUGCCAAUCCUUUUCGUCCUGCCACCGGUCGAAGUGCUCUUGGGCGUCAUGAACGGUCAACCGAUCGGACUCCUGUUCAAAAUCGUCACAGGUUCCGCGAGCGGAGGUUUCGGCUUGCUGUUUCUCCUGUUAGGCGUGUGGAUGUUCGCCGGCACAGGUGCAUUGACGGCUUCCAGUCGAUGCACCUAUGCCUUCGCACGCGACGGUGCCAUCCCCGGCCACAUGAUAUGGCGCAAGGUCAACAAACGCCUCGAUGUGCCCCUCUACGCCAUCGUCCUGUCCACCGUCAUCGACUGCCUUCUGGCUCUAAUCUACCUCGGCUCGUCCGCGGCAUUCAACUCGUUCACGGGCGUCGCGACGAUCUGCCUGGGAGCCUCGUAUGGGAUACCUAUCGCGGUGUCAGUGGUUCGCCGACGCUGUAUGGUCAAAAAUUCACCAUACUCCCUCGGACGAUUCGGCUACGCCAUCAACAUUGUGGCUGUGCUGUGGAUAAUAUUGGCUACUGUCCUGUUUUGCAUGCCCACGGCACUUCCGGUGACACCGUCGACAAUGAACUAUGCCAGCGUCGUGUUCACGUUCUUCGCCAUGGUCAGCGUCGUGUGGUACCUGGUUUACGCCAGGAAGCACUUCAAGGGCCCGCCGAUCGCAGAUGUUGAUGGAGUCAGGGGCGCAGUGAGCAUGGGUGUUGCUCCAGAUGUAGAGGAUUCUUCGGGUGUGCUAGGUGAAAUUGAGGAGCCGAAGAAAGGAGACUGAGCGUUGCAAAAGCCACUUAUAUCGCC